GUUAGGAGGGUUGAUGGUGAUGACGAUAAUGGGGCAGGGAUAUUGGGAUUGGGGAUGAGGGCGCAGAUGGUGCAGCAGAGGCAGAUGCAGAUGCAGGGGCAGGGGCAGGUGCAGGUGCAGCAGAGAGCCGUGUUUAGGAAGGUGGAGGAACCGAGGGAGCAUCUCAUUGCGCGGACGGUCGUGAAUGAUUGUUUGGAGAAGGGGAAGGAUUGUGUGGAUCUGAGCGGCGGAAACAUGCGCACCAUCCCCCCGGGCCUCCUGCGCCCUCUCCAACACCUCACCAAACUGCCCACAAUCAAAGAACCCCCCAUUAGCGAAGAAGUCUACAGCUCACUCGAACCCUUCCUCCGACUCUUCCUCGCAGGCAACGCCCUCCACAGCAUCACAUCCGAGCUCUUUGAGCUCGACACCCUCCGCGUCCUCAGCCUCCGCAACAACAAACUCACCCAGAUCCCACCCGCGAUCCGCAAACUGACCAUGCUCCAGGAGGUCAACCUCUCGGUGAACCGCCUGCACCACCUCCCCUGGGAACUCCUCUUCCUAAUCAAAAAGGGCGAUCUAAAGCACCUCACCGUGCGCCCCAACCCGCUCCUCCAAAUCGAAGACCCGGGUACAGAUAUCGCGCAUUGGCAUAUCCCGUCCGACGAGCUCAAGUCCUGUAUAUAUGACGGUCCCGCCCCAGAGGAAGCCUGGGCGCCUGUCCACGUCGCGACGGGCCCGGUGACACGGUACAAUGCGGAAGGCGUAACACUCGACCCGACGGACUCAGUCUCCGAAACGCGGGUCCCGUCCCUGCGCGAGGUCUCGUUGCUCUCAUUCAGCAGGUCAUCCUAUUUCGACCUCAUCCCGGACGAGGAGAUGGCGGAUUACCCGGCGCUUAUGUUGAGGCUGUUGCGCGCGGCCAGGGAGGUGCGUGCUGCCGGGGGCCGGUCUUGUUCGGUCUGCCAUCGCGGGUUUGUUCUUGCGAGGACGGAGUGGAUCGAGUGGUGGGAUUGCAGUACGUAUGAGAAUGGGCUGAAGGGGCCCAGGGCUUCCGGUGAGUUGUUGCGGCCGUUGCCGUUUCGGAGGUUCGGGUGUAGUGUGGGGUGUGUGCCUGGUGGUAUUUAAUUAGGUGUGAGUGCGUGUGCUGGGGAUGGGGGAGUGUUGUAUAUAUGUAUGGUGUUGGUGUUGGGAGUGGAGUGUAUAUUAAUUGUCCGAUUUCCGAUUCGAUAUAGAUAUUUUUAUGCAUAUAGAGGGAGG